AUGUCCAUCCACGCCAACGGCACAACACCACCCCAACCCUUCAGCAUAAACCCCUUCAAAACAAAAGCCGACUUCCAAUCCGCCUGCACCGCCAUCCUAAACCCUCUCCUCCCCCUCUUCACCCCGCUCCAGACCCGCGUCAAAAUCGGCUCAACACCCACCCGCUUCGACGAAGGCGGCGCCCAAUUCGAAGGCUUCGCCCGCCCACUAUGGGGCCUCGCAUCCCUUCUCGCAGGUAACUACGACUACGCCGAUGCCGCGCGCUGGCGAACAGGUAUCAUCAAUGGCUGCGACCCCGCCAGCCCGGAGUACUGGGGCGAUCUGGAAGACUCGGAUCAGCGCAUGGUGGAAAUGUGUCCACUUGGCUUUGCGCUGGCUGUUGCGCCGCAUGUGUUCUGGGACCCGCUUAGCGAGAAGGAGAGGGGCGAUGUGGGCGGUUGGUUGAGGAGUAUUAAUGGGUUGGAGAUGCCGAAUACGAAUUGGCUCUGGUUCCGAGUUUUCGCUAACCUGGGCUUGAAGAAGAAUGGCGCGGAGUACUCGCAUGCCAGGAUCGAGGCUGAUAUGGAUCACCUGGAUACGUUUCAUAUCGGGGAUGGCUGGAGUAAUGAUGGGCCGAAGAGCCAUCACCAGAUGGAUUAUUACUCUGGUUCUUUCGCUAUUCAGUUCUUGCAGCUUUUAUAUGCGAAGUUGGCUGGUGAUUUUGAUCCAGAGCGCGCGGAGAGAUACAAGCAGCGCUCGAAGCAAUACGCCAUGGACUUUGUGCACUAUUUUGCUCCGGACGGCAGCGCAAUCCCCUUCGGCCGCUCAAUGACCUACCGCUUCGCCAUGUCCGGCUUCUGGGGCGCCCUCGCCUACGCCGACGUCGACCUCCCACCCCAACUAACCUGGGGCAUGGUGAAGGGACUUCUCCUCCGCAACUUCCGCUGGUGGUCGAAGCAAAAGGACAUCUUCUCCAACGACGGCACCCUCAACCUGGGCUUCUGCUACUCAAACCCCUACCUAACCGAGAACUACAACUCCUCCGGCUCGCCCUACUGGUGCUGUCUCUCGUUCCUGGCCCUCGCGCUCCCAGACGAGCACGCGUUCUGGACCAGCCCCGAAGAAGACUACCCGAGCGCGGCCCUGCCCGAGAUAAAAGCGCUGAGCUACCCGAAGCACAUCCUCGUGCGGCGCGGGGGCCACUCGUUCCUGCUUUCGUCGGGCCAGGCGUGCCACUACGCUAUGCGCGGGACGCAGGCGAAGUACGGGAAGUUCGCGUACAGUGCGUCGUUCGGGUACUCUGUGCCGACGGGCGCGUAUGAGCUUGAGCAGUAUGCGCCUGAUAGCAUGCUUGCGCUGUGUGAUGAUGGUGGCGAGGUGUGGAAGACGAGACGGGUGGCUGUUGAUGCGCGGAUUGAGUAUCCGGAAUCGGGAUCGGGAUCGGGAUCGGCGACGGGGACGCCGGUGAUUGUUUCGGGGUGGAAGCCGUGGGCGGAUGUGGAUGUUGAGAGUAUUCUUGUGCCGCCGUCUGGGCAGGCGCCGAAUUGGCAUCUGCGGGCGCAUCGGGUUAGGACGGGGCGGGCGUUGAAGACGUCUGAGGGGGCUUUUGCGAUUUAUGGGAUUCGGAGUGAUAAUGGACGGACGUUGGGGGCUUUGCAGGUUGGUGCUGGUGAUGGGGGGAAGAAGGUGGAGGCUGAGGAGGGAACUGUGAUGGAUGGUGAGAGUGCGUUGGUGGUUUCUGCUGCUGGUGCGGUGGGUAUUACUGAGCUUUAUAAUUCGGGGAUUGGACGUUCGGGGCGGAUUGUUGCUGCGGACCCUAAUUCGAAUUUGAUUCAUGGGCGCACUUUGUUGCCAUCUUUGGCUGUUGAUUUGGCGGCUGGGCAGGAGAGUUGGUUUGUGACUGCUGUUUAUGCGUUGCCUACCAGGUCCACGGACUGGAAGGCCAUGUGGGAGCAGAAGCCUCAGAUUCCGGAUUGGUUGAUUCAAAGAAUGGAGAAGAAGGAGUAG